GGGCGGGGCUAGGCGCAGGGCAAAGGUCAAAUCCGUGCCGACGUCACCCCGAGCGGCUCGAGCUCAGCCAAGAUGGCGGUGGCGACGCUGAGCAUACAGUGGAUAGUCCUGACCUGGGUGACUCUUCAUAUCACAACAACGGAAGCUGUGGACAGAAGUAACUUCAAAACCUGUGAACAAAGUGCAUUCUGCAAACGGCAGAGGAAUGUUAAACCGGAGAAUUCCCCCUAUCGAGCGCUCCUCAACUCCUUGGAGGUGACUGAAAAAGCCGUCAGACUGCAGCUAAUUAAUGAAGUUAAUAAGGUUCCUCUACUACUUGAAGUGUAUGGUCUUCAAGGGAAUAUGACCAGGAUUAAAAUUAAUGAGCUGAAUCCAUUGAAACCACGGUAUGAAGUGCGGGAUGUAUUAAUACACGAUCCACCUACUGUACCCUUAACGGUUGUUGGGAAGGACGAAGGCAGCGUGGAGCUGGGCUUUGGAAACAAACUGUACAAACUGAUCAUCACCUCCAAGCCAUUCAGGAUGGACAUCAUGACAGGGAAUGAGCUGCUGCUGAGUAUUAACUCUCGGGGGCUGAUGGUGUUCGAGCACUUGCGAAAAAGGAAGGACUCUUACACAGAAAAAAUUAGUAACACAGUCGGUAGCAUAUGGAGUAAGAUCAAGAACGUGUUCAUUAGUGAGGAGAAGAAAGAGGAGGAUGUGGAAAAUGAGGUGAAAGAAGAGAAGCAGGCCGGCGAUGAAGGAAUGCAGCAGGCGGGACAGCCUGAAGACAAAGGUUCUCAGAAGGAGAGUGAAGAAAAAGAGGAUGAAGCUGGAAUGUGGGAGGAAACAUUUAAAACUCACACGGACUCCAAACCCAAUGGUCCAUCCUCUGUUGGCCUAGACUUCUCUCUCCCUGGCUUUGAACAUGUAUAUGGGAUUCCAGAGCAUGCUGACAACUUGAAACUCAAAACAACAGACGGUGGAGAUCCGUACCGUCUGUAUAACCUUGAUGUGUUCCAGUACGAGAUAUAUAAUCCCAUGGCUCUAUAUGGGGCCGUACCUCUUCUGCUGGCCCACAACAUCCGCAGGACCCUGGGAAUCUUCUGGCUGAAUGCUGCUGAGACUUGGGUCGACAUCAGCUCCAACACAGCGGGCAAGACUUUAUUUGGGAAGAUGCUGGAUUACGUGCAGGGGGCGAAUGAAAUCCCACAGACUGAUGUCCGCUGGAUUUCCGAGAGUGGGAUCAUCGACGUUUUCCUGCUCCUGGGACCAUCUCCGUUUGACGUCUUCAAGCAGUACGCCUCGCUUACAGGCACACAGGCUCUGCCCCCUCUCUUCGCCAUCGCUUAUCACCAGUGCCGCUGGAAUUACAAUGAUGAGGACGAUGUCCGGAAUGUGGAUGCCGGCUUCGACGAGCACGAUAUCCCAUAUGAUGUCAUCUGGCUGGACAUCGAGCACACGGAUGGGAAGCGGUACUUCACCUGGGAUACCAACAAAUUCCCGAAUCCCAAGGACAUGCUGCAAAACCUUGCCUCCAAGAAGCGGAAGAUGGUCAGUAUAGUCGACCCCCACAUCAAGAUCGACAGUGGGUACAAGGUUCACACCACCAUCCAGUCUCGCAACUUCUACAUUAAGACUAAGGAUGGAAGUGAUUAUGAAGGCUGGUGCUGGCCAGGUUCUGCUGGCUAUCCUGACUUCACCAACCCCGAGAUGCGAUCUUGGUGGGCCAGCAUGUUUGCCUACGAUCAGUACGAGGGGUCCAUGGACAAUCUGUACACAUGGAAUGAUAUGAACGAGCCCUCGGUGUUCAAUGGGCCCGAGGUGACUAUGCAUAAAGAUGCUGUCCACAUGGGCGGCUUUGAACACAGGGAUGUUCACAACCUUUACGCAUUGUAUGUGCAAAUGGCUACAUCAAAUGGCCUGAUCCAGCGUUCUGGGGGCAUAGAGAGGCCUUUUGUCCUAACUAGAGGCUUUUUCGCUGGAUCCCAGCGUUAUGGAGCAGUGUGGACGGGCGAUAACUCUGCUGAGUGGGACCACCUGAGGAUCUCGCUGCCCAUGUGCCUGUCUCUGGCACUCGCCGGCAUCUCUUUCUGUGGAGCGGAUGUUGGUGGUUUUUUCAAGCACCCUAGCCCUGAGCUGCUGGUUCGCUGGUACCAGGCUGGAGCCUAUCAGCCGUUCUUCAGAGCCCACGCUCACCUGGACACCCCGAGACGAGAACCCUGGCUCUUUGGGGAUGACAACAAGCUGCUGAUCCGUACAGCUGUUCGAGAACGCUAUGCUCUGCUGCCCUUCUGGUACACCCUGUUUUACCAUGCUUAUAGGACUGGAGAGCCUGUCAUGAGAGCCCUGUGGGUGCAGUUCCCCAGUGAUGUGAAUACAUUCAGCCUGGAUGACCAGUACAUGCUUGGUGAUGCGCUGCUCGUUCGCCCAGUGUUAGAACCGGAUGUCCGAGGAGUUCAGGUUUAUUUGCCAGGGAAAGGGCAGUUCUGGUAUGACGUUCACAGCCACCAGAAGCACACUGGCUCACAGAAUUUGUACGUACCUGUCACCAUCAGCACGAUUCCAGUUUACCAGCGUGGAGGCACCAUCAUUGCUCGGAAAGAACGUGUUCGGAGAUCGUCAUCCUGUAUGCAGAGUGACCCUUACACCCUCUACGUGGCACUGAAUGCGCAGAAUGCUGCUGAAGGGGAUCUGUUUGUUGAUGAUGGCCACACUUUCAACUUCGAGAAGAAAAAAGAAUAUAUUCACAGGAAGUUUAGUUUCAUUAAUAGUUCCCUCAUCUCCAGAAGUGCUGAUCCCAAUGGUCACUACAACACUGCUGCGUGGAUCGAGAGAGUGUUGGUUCUGGGAGUGAAGAGGCCAACGUCUGUUAUGGUGAAGCUCUCCGACGGAACUGAAUCGAACUUGGACUUUGAACACAACGCUGAGACCUCAGUCCUGACCAUCCGGAAACCAGCUGUGAAUGUAGCUGCUGACUGGACCCUGUAUAUCCGAUAAUAGUGUCCACUGGACAUGUUCUCUCUCCUCGCUCACUCUCCUGUUCUCUCUCGCAAUUGCUCUCCUGUUCUCUCUCUCUCGUGUUCUCUCUCUUUCCUGUUCUCUCGCUCUCUCUCUCUCCUGUUCUAACACUGUUUCUUUCUCGCCUGUUUUUUCUUGCAGUCUCUGUCUCGUGUUCUUUGUCUGUCUUGUGUUCACUCUCCCAAUCUUGCUCUCACGUUCUCUCUCUCUCUAAGCAGCUGUGCUGACUAGCACCUGCGUACACAAUCCUUGGAUUCCAGUGCUGAAGUUUUUCAUCAAUAGUGUUUGAGAGCUGACUCGGGAUCGCUACCACAUUCCCUUCGGAUUCAUCCUCUAUUUUUGUUUCUUUGAGUUGCAGAAGCAAGCUAAUUAAAACCUGCCUUGGAGUGACUGUAAACUUUUUAAAAAGCACCACUGCUUUGUGAAUUCCUGACCCUGCUGAUGCUACCUGCAAGGCUGGUUUGAGUUCUCCAGUUCACACAGCUUGUGUUUGCUAAUUCUUUUCCUGUCUGUCUGUCUUGCACUCUCUCGCUCUUUCACCAGGAACUCCCAGGCACUGAUUUGUGCUCCAUUCCUCCCUUUUGGUGCACUUGUGCACCCCUUCUCUCUUUCUACACCCCCACCUCCAAAACCCCUUCACCAUCAGGAAGUGAACUCCGUUUUUUAUUCAGUGAUGAGGCUGAUUCCAGCCGGCAGCCUUGGCUGCUUCCUUUUUAGAAAGGGUGCCUUCCCAGCAGGAGUUAGUCAGGGACUUGGCUUAGCAAGAGAGACGCCUGGGACGGUGUGGGUGCCUCCGUUUUCUUUGUGACGCUGACACCCAUGUCCCCGAUGACACUUGGGUCACCGCUUCAUGAGCAACUCCGGCUUCACUCUUGCAAGUAUUCCCAAAUUGCCCGCCCCGAGCUGCUACAUUUAGAGAGAGCGGUGGUGGGGGGGGGUGGAGGUGUUGAAGCUUCUUUGGGCUUUAGGCUUUAACUGAAGCCCCGCCAGCCCCAGAAUGAUGAACCCGUUCUCUUGAUUCUUGGUAUUUCUGAGGUGUGACCAUCUCCCCAGGGGGUGGUUCUGGAAAUUUAGCAACAUUUGCUCCAGUAAAGACUGAUCAUGAUGGCAAUUUUUUGGUGAGACUGUGUGUGGGCAGGCAGUCUGAUUUUUCUCUGCCUUAUCCCCCCCACUACUCUAGUUUUUAUGAACACCACACACAGUUGCAGAGGACAUGUAUAAGUGAUGAUGUCAGUUCAGAUGUGCCCGAUUUCAAGGUCAAAAUGUAAAAAUCAUUUUUUUAUCUGAUUUUUUUUCUCCCUAAUGAGUUGUGUUCUCAGUUCCAAGUCUUGUAUAUUUGCCCCCAUCCUUCCUGCCCCAUUUCCUUUCUCUCAGUACGUGCUGCAGGAGGUAAAGAUGUACAGCUUUAGUCAGAGUACAGAGACCAGCUCGAACCCCUCCCCCAGCUGAGCUGAGAUUUCAAUCCUACUCUGGACUGGCUUACUGGAGACAGCACCAGGAUAGUGUGGGGGUCAGGCUUACUCUGUCCCCCUUUAACCUCUCCUCCUGUCCCAGAGCUGUCUGCUACUCCCCUUGUGAGAGGAAAUGCACAGCUAAAGGAAAGGUUUAUAAAAUGUCAGGAGUUGCUGAUGACCAAUGAUUGAACUCUGCUGUUUUGGAUGUUUUUGAUAAAUGGAUACAAUUAAAAAAAAAAACUUAAAACUGUG